AAGAAGAAAAUUCUUACUGAAUCCGGAAGCUGUUCUGAAACCACCGAUAGUGCCGUUCAUUCAAGCAGCUUCGGAGUUUAACCGCCUAUAUCUCCGUAUUCUGGGUGACUUAUAUAUGUAUAUACGUAUAGGUUUUCGAACGUCAACGAAAGCAAAGCGAGCAUGGCUGGUCGACUGCCGGCCUGUGUUGUUGACUGUGGCACAGGGUACACAAAACUUGGCUAUGCAGGAAACACAGAACCGCAGUUUAUCAUACCUUCUUGCAUUGCAAUCAAGGAAUCCGCCAAGGUCGGGGAUCAGGCUCAGCGCCGGAUGAUGAAGGGUGUUGAUGACUUGGACUUUUUUAUUGGGGACGAAGCCAUUGACAAACCGUCAUAUGCAACAAAGUGGCCCAUUCGUCAUGGCAUAGUGGAGGACUGGGACCUAAUGGAAAGAUUUAUGGAGCAGAUUAUCUUCAAGUAUCUGCGGGCAGAACCUGAAGACCAUUACUUUCUUUUGACAGAGCCUCCUCUCAACACACCAGAAAACAGAGAGUACACAGCAGAGAUUAUGUUUGAGUCAUUCAAUGUCCCAGGUCUUUACAUCGCUGUUCAGGCUGUACUGGCACUAGCUGCCUCCUGGACAUCACGGCAGGUUGGAGAACGGACACUCACAGGAACUGUAAUUGACAGUGGGGAUGGAGUCACACAUGUCAUUCCAGUGGCUGAAGGCUAUGUCAUUGGCAGCUGCAUCAAACACAUCCCCAUUGCUGGUCGGGACAUUACAUAUUUUACCCAACAGCUGCUGAGGGAACGUGAAGUGGGGAUACCACCAGAGCAGUCUUUGGAAACAGCUAAAGCUGUCAAGGAACGUUUCAGCUACGUCUGCCCCGACCUUGUGAAAGAGUUUAAUAAGUACGACACAGAUGGCUCCAAGUGGAUCAAACAGUACACAGGCAUUAAUGCCAUCUCCAAGAAGCCAUUUACCAUCGAUGUUGGCUACGAGCGCUUUCUGGGGCCUGAGAUCUUCUUCCAUCCUGAGUUUGCUAACCCAGAUUUCACCCAGCCAAUCUCAGAGGUAGUGGAUGAAGUCAUUCAGAACUGUCCCAUUGAUGUCAGACGUCCACUGUACAAGAACGUCGUGCUCUCUGGAGGCUCCACCAUGUUCAGGGACUUUGGAAGACGGCUGCAAAGAGACCUCAAAAGAUCUGUGGAUGCUCGGCUCAAGAUAAGCGAAGAGCUCAGUGGCGGCAAGUUAAAGCCCAAGCCCAUUGAUGUGCAAGUAAUCACUCAUCACAUGCAGAGAUAUGCUGUUUGGUUUGGAGGAUCAAUGCUGGCAUCUACUCCUGAAUUUUACCAGGUGUGCCACACUAAAAAAGAUUACGAAGAGAUUGGGCCAAGCAUCUGCCGCCACAACCCCGUGUUUGGAGUCAUGUCUUAGAUGGACGCAAAUGCAUGAAGCACCACAAGACCUCACAUGCCGAGGGAAAGUCCCAGGAGCCUUUGCACAGAUGCUCUCUUCAGUAAAUUUGAGUGACAUUGGAGCCAGCAGACUGCCAUAAAAUGGGCAAUAUCCUCACAGAUAAGAGAAAAGAGGCAACGCUACCCAAAGGUUCCACAUUAUUUGUUUACUACAAGUGGGUAAAACGAUGUUAUAAAUCUUUAAUUUUGGCUGCCUCGUUUAUGUACUUAUCCUCACAGGGUUCUAAUGUGUAAUUAAUCAACAUAAUGUAUUGUCUGAACUCUAAUAAUGAAAACAUGGGUGAUUAUAAAAAGUUUGUGUAUCCCCGCCACUUUCACAAUCAUCAACAUCCUAAAUAAGGUAACAAAAUGAAAUUUAAAAGAAAAAAUCCAUUCCAUCAAUUCCUCUUUUUGUUUUAUUAUUUUGGUUCUAUUUCCUCUUUUAAAUGUUAUCCAGUAUCGUUAAGAAAAAUGUAAUUGAAUUAAGAUGAAAAAGUAAUUCUUUUCUGUUUCAAUUAGAACAUGUCUCUUUUAUACUGCUUUUCUUUUGCCUUUAUAUCUGCAUUAACACUGUCUUCAACAACAUGCUCAAAACAUUAGGAAUAAGAACAUUGCAUAAAUAUUAAUGUGUGGUUUUAAAAGACUGUUGGUCGACCAUCACUGUUGCUUAGAUCUCAGUUUUACUGUAUGGCCUUGUUCUGUACCAAAUCUGUAAUCCAAUUCUGGCAUACCAAUAAAUGCCAAGGACAUAUUUCUAAAGCUGUAAGUUAAUUUUCUAAGUCGUACUUUAAGUAUCUCUGGGGUUGAAGGCUGUAUAUCUUCAGGACCAACACAUUACAUAAAAAAUAUUUUCAUUCAAA